AAGCAGAUGUCCAUAUGUGCCAGAGCUUUUUGAAACUCUAGUGGUUCUGCACAACUUUGGCAGUAACUGCAGGGCUACUCACAAAUGCUCCAAAUGCAACUGUGAGCAAAAGGAUUACCAAUGCAUUCUGUGAAGAGAAUGUCUUAGUAUCCAUUGUAUCUCCCUCUAAAAAGUAUUAAAGAACGACAUGGAUCAAGUAGAGCAACUUUCUGCGAACAGAAGAAAGAGCUUCCUCUCAGUUGACAAGAAAAAAAGCAAUGGCUGUAGAACCAUUGUGGGAUUUUUAUGCAUAUUCCCUGUGGUGGCUUUGCUGGCUAUUGUGGGAGAUCCAGCUGGAGCUGCAGUUCAGAAAAGUCAGGAAGAUGCCACAUCACCUGGUCUUCGUGGAGUGAGUGCCUCUGCUUUGCACAGUCCAGCUUUCCCACCUCGGCCUCCAGCACGGAGAAAACGAUACACGAUCACACCAGGGCACUUGAAAUGGGACCACUUCAACUUAACAUACAAAAUCCUGUCCUUUCCAAGAAACCUCAUAAACGCCAGGGACACACGCAAGGGACUAGCGGCUGCGUUCCGAAUGUGGAGUGAAGUUUCACCAUUCAGCUUCAGAGAAGUGCCACGCCACGUAGCUAGUGACUUGAAAAUAGGCUUCUACUCUAUCAAUCACACAGACUGUCUGGAGUCUCUCAUUCACCACUGCUUUGAUGGAACAACAGGGGAACUUGCCCAUGCCUUCUUCCCACCCAAUGGGGAGAUCCAUUUUGAUGACCAUGAAUAUUGGAUAUUGGGGAAUACCCGGUUCAGCUGGAAAAAAGGUGUUUGGCUUACAGAUCUGGUACAUGUAGCAGCUCACGAAAUAGGACAUGCCUUGGGACUCAUGCACUCCCUGAACCCCAAUGCCCUCAUGCACAUCAACGCCACUUUGACGGGGAAAAAGACCAUCUCUCAAGAUGAAGUCUGGGGAAUUCACAGACUUUACGGAUGUAAAGACAGAUUAUUUAUGUGCCCAUCAUGGGCACAAAAAGGUUUCUGCGAGAAACGCAGGAAGCUGAUGAAAAAGCACUGUCCAUCUACCUGUGACUUUUGCUACGAAUUCCCAUUUCCAACGGUCCCCCCUACUCUGCCCCCGCCAAGGACAAAAACCAAGACUGUUUCUGAAGGCAGGAAUGUCACCUUCCGCUGUGGACAGAAGAUAAUUCAUAAAAAAGGCAAAGUUUACUGGUAUAAAGAUAAGGAGCUUCUGGAAUACUCAUAUCCAGGUUACUUAUCCUUAAAUGAAGAUCACAUGAGCAUCAUUGCAAAUGCAAUUAAUGAAGGAACUUACACUUGUAUAGUAAAGAAAAAAGAAAGAAUCUUGACUACUUAUUCCUGGAGAAUCAGACUGAAGCACUAACAAGGGUCCUGGAAUGAGCACUUCAAUUACUGCUAGUUCUGUUUCAAAUUCAAAAUGUUUCUUUGGCAUUUUAUAUUUAAUCUCCAGUAGUGCAACUUGAACUUCUAAAUCAGCUGUUUCCAUACCUUGGGCAAAAGAGACUCAGACUUGAUUACUGGAACGUAAAACUUUUCCAAAUUAGUUUUAAUGAUAAAGAAUUUAUCAAGUAUGUGCUGUACAGAGAAUUGAAAAUUUAAAAAAAAGAAAAGUGUCAGAUUUUGCAGUUAAACUAUGUGGAUCACUGCGGACUGCUGAAAAACAAGAACAUAACUCUUCAUCAAACAAAUGGAUGAACAGAUUGAUGGCUCACCUAUGUUGCAAUGGAAGGAAGAUGACCAGUUAUACUCUGUAGGUAUUUUGCUGUCAUUUUUUUUAGACCCUGGUGCAUAGCAAUAGACAAACUUACAAAAAAGUGUAAGACCUAAUAGAACUUUUUCUUUUACUCGUCAGAAGGAGGAUGUAGGGUCACAACAGACCCUUUCUAAUUACUCCCUUCCACAUUUCAACAUGUUCAGUUCAAGUAUCCACAGAACAUCUUCCCCCCCCGCUCCCCCCCCAACUGCUUUCCUGUGGCUUCUAUUUAUUACUCAUGUAAUCUUAUCCCAAUAGACUAUUUACAUCCAUCAGCAGCUCCUUUAGGUGUCUGAUCAAUAAGCCUCUCGACUCCUUCAACAGAGAUGAGGUAAUUUGCAUCACUGUCCUGCCCUGGUCACCCAAGCGAUGAGGUAAAUGUGCCACAUCCAACAGGAAAAUAGCAUUACUAGUAUUGGUAGGCAAAGCCUAGCGCACUCAAACGUCUACAACGCUGGAGCAUUCAUUUGCACGGUUACAAAUCCCUGACAGUCAUUACAUUUAGCAAGAUCCUUAUCCAGUAUUAAAGCAAAGCAGUCUACAUUGCUCUUUGCUUAGGUUCAUCCUUUUUUAGUUGUCCUCUUAACCUCUUGAAACAAGUUUCUUCCUACUUAGAAGCACCAAGAAAACUGCAAAGCAUCUCACGCACUGCAGUACAGGUCAGCAGUCUAGGAAGAUCUCUGUAUUAGAGCAGAAGGGCUCCAUCAGUAAAAUUCUCCUCUGUUCUAAGACAGUUUUACCAUCACAGUUAGCUGAGAGUACAGCAUAGUGUAAAACUUAAAAAUUUGUCUUUGCAUGGACAGUUAAGCUCAGGAUCAUAAAAGGCAAGCACUCUAUGCAAAAAUAGACAAUUGAGACAAAAUAAAAGCUGAGAUGCAGUAACCAAACAAUGUUGCACUACUCAGGGAGAGCUGAUAUUUCCCUUCUACAAAAAAACCCAUGGAAGUUACACCUAUCUCUCAUAUCCGUAUUAAAUUUCCAUUGCAAUCCAGCAUUAGGUUUUCUUUGUUUUACUAAAACUAUCCCAACUUAAUCUUUUUUGUCAGGAACAUGGAUCUUCCAAUGAUGCCCACAUUGGCUGCAACAAUGCCAAGGAAGCUAGGAAGUAAAUAAUUUCAGAGUGCAAGGUGCACAGCACAGCUUGAAAUACAAAAUGUGCAGUCAUGUUCUAAUCCUUUAGAGCUUAGCACAGGCCAUGGCAAAACAGCUCUCCUUUCCUGUAUGCUGUGGGAUGUUGCAAAAAAACCUGCUUUUCAGUGGGUUAUUGAUCUCCACCUAUGAGGAAUCUUGCUAAAAUCAGGCAUACUUCAGUUAACAGACUAGUAAUAGAACUGUUUCUCCUUCAGUACUGGCACUCAAUCAGGCCUAAAGAGAAAAUAGUUCUGCAUUCCUCCACAGAAAAAAAAACAACCCUACUGGUUUCAAAAUUUACCACAAUUCUAGUACAUCCAAAUUCCAGUUCCAAGGCCUUUACCCAGAACAGCUCUUAAAAUGUACUGAAAUUGAUAGACUACUUAUAAUUUAAGUGAAUCCUUUUACUGGACUGGUGCCCAGUUCUGAUUGCAUGAAUACCCCAGUAUUUUCCAGAUCUUCCUGUUCCCAGAAAAGAAUGAUAGCAUUAUAAAUCAGAGACUCAAAAAGAUGUGAUAUUCCAACAUGAUUCCUCUGGUCUUUCAUCCUGUGAGAAAGGACUGGAAUAUAGCAUUAUACAAUCAGUAAAGCUGAGCUCUUCUUUUUAUGGAAAAAGGGCAUAUUUAAAAGAACUUUCUGUAGAAAAUAAAGUUUCAAGUCUCCAUAUUAAAUCUUUUUGAUUUAUAAAACAAUAGAUUACUUCUUUUGCACCAGUGCCAUUGUAAGUACAUGUAUACAACACAUCAAACAGUGUUCAGCUCAGUAGUGCACCCAAAAAUAUUGUGAGUAUCGAGCCCAACCCAGCCUAGCUCUCUCCAAGGCACGCGACAGGAAAGAAACCUCAGAACUGUUAACAGUUUUUUGCCCUAACUAUAUUCAGACACAUACAAUUUGCUUAAAAUAAUUUAAAAAAAAGUUGUUUGCCCAGGCUGACACUAUGCUGUAAUAGUGUCAGCACAGAUCUGCGGGCAGCAGGGGGAAUAAGUUUCCACUCUAGAAGACUUAAUGCCACCAACAUCCAAGUUUGCUGCAUGUGAAGAAAUGAAAUCCUUCACACUGCUAAACAAUCAAAAAUGUAUUUUAAUUCUACAAAUUUACAAGGAAAAAAACAAAACAAAACAAACCCAACGAAAAAACUAAAAAUAAAACAGAAACUGUUCCAGGAUUGUACUUCAAGUUUUUCUUUGUCAAAUUUUGUAAUGAUCCUUGGCUUUUCAGGUUAAUUCCAGUCCUCUAAUGGAAUGCAGCAGUUGUUACACUCCACACCCAGCAAGAGCCUUUGAAUCUGUGAUGACAUUUGACUUCUUUUUCCCCUGUGAAAAACAUCUAGUCUCCCUGACGUGAAGAACAGAACUGGGGCACUCAGCAAUCCACUCACAUGAAUGGUUCUUCCCCCCUCCCCCCCUCACAUUGAGUUUAAAACUUGAGGCUGAAACCAGGUCCUGCAGCAGACGCGCCUUGAUUUGUGGUGGUCAGAUGAAAACCCGUGUCUUUCAGAUCAUCAUCACCCUGUGAAAACCAAUCACAAUUCAUAUUUAUCAGUAAGUGUCUGUGCAGAUGCAUUUACCUCUCCUACACAAAAAUCUAAACAACAACAAACAAAAAAUGAUCGAAGUAUCUCUAGGAGAUGAGAAACAAAUGUUUGAUUUAGUGGCAUCAUAGCUAAGGUCGAUGCAGAGUGUUAUUCAGGAUCUUUAAACAUUGCUAUUUCAAGAGUUAUCUGUUCUAAAGGCAUCUCAAGUAUAUUCCUGGUUUGUAUACCCACUUUUGACUGCACAUGUGAAAGAUGAAAAAAAAUCUGUGAACACACUGUAUAAAUAAGUGCAAACUAUGCUUAUUCAGCAUCUGAUGAAACACACUGCGUACCCUCCAUGUCAAUUUUUAUACCCUGAAAAAUCAAGGCUAAAUAAAGUUGUAAGGCUACUUCAUCUGUUAAAUUGGGUACAAUAACUGUACAGUGCCAUUUCAUCUAUGCUGAGACAUGGAAAUAGUCAUAAGAAGUUGAUACAAUUAAGGCACCUGAGUGCAGCAUGCCGUACUUACAAGGGCAUCUUUUUCAGCCAGCUUUUUUUCAAAUGGGCAGCACAAUCUCCACAGAUAGAUAGAAGGAACAUCAGCCUUGCCUUUUUUGAAUUCUUCUCCAAAUAUUGGAAAAAGGAGACUGUUUCUAUCCACAAGAUAUGCGUAACUUACCAGGCUUUGGAUUUUUUUCAAAAAUAAAUUUGCAGCUUUGAAAGCUUAGUUGAAAGUGUAGAACAAUGUACACUUUCAAAAGAACAAUAGUUCUGCACUGUGAUAAAACCAGGCAUCAUUUCUUUCUCAGAUUAUGUACUGAAAUUAUGAUUCUGUGAAUACAACAGUAAUUGGACCUGCCCUUUGAAAAGGAACAGAGGGAAAGCUGGACUUCUAUAGUGUCUUUUUCAUGCAAGUACAGGUGAGUCUCAGGAUCCCAAGCCCCAGAAGGCUAACAAAAUGCAGCCCACGUGAACUUUUCCAAAAUCAGGAUCUGAACACGUCCGAGGACAUCAGAAGUCUGUGUCAGUUGCCUUGAUCUGCUGUGCUUACCAAUUGACU